GCUAGCCAGAUCCCUAAAGUAAACUCCUAUGUUAAACUAAGGGCCUGCCUGUCCUUCCUUCUCUCGUCAACCAGUCUCUCUCUCUCUCUCUCUCUUUCGCUCUCUCUCCUUCUCCUCUCCUUUUCUCUUCUUCCUCACCCACAGGGAAUGAGUAACCACUGCAGACCUCCAUUCUGUUUAUGAUUCUUUUCUCUUCUGAGGGCCCAAUUUUGUGUUCGGCACUUGCUGCUGCUACCAGGCAUUCAGUCUAGCCUCUGAACUCUAUCGUCCUCUUCCUCCUUGGUUCUUCCAUUCUCGACUUCUUCACAGGAAACUUGGUUCUUUCAGUGCUGUGGACGCUCUUCGUCUUGUACCUUGUUGCUUUUCGCCUACUACCCCACUUUACCUCCCUCUUCGCCCAUCAUGGGUCUCUUCAAGCGCAAAGACUCUAAGAACUCGAUUCAGAGUGAAAAGGAUGAGCAAGAAUCAUUCGCCUCUGCUAACAGUGCGCGGACCUCGAGUGCAUCGUUGAGAUCUCCAGGCUACAAGGGAAGCGGACUGCCUGCCUCCAUACCAGAGAUGCCGAUUGCGAAACCGCCCGAUCCAGCCCUGGAUCCCGCCGCUUAUCUGCGGAGCAUCCACGCCGUCCGUGAAAGAUGCCAGUAUGUUCUCAACAAAGCAAAGAGAAACCGUCUCAACCACUUUGAUGUGGAUAUGAGCAAAUUCGUAGCCACUGCAUCUUACAUUGUGUCUAUCAUCAAGAGAGACUAUGCUCCCGAUUACGACUCAAUCCCUCCUCAUGGUCGCUGGCAGCACUUCGACGUAGGUGGACGACCGCGCGUCAACCAAUUGCUCCAAUCCUGGCCUAGUACUAUCGACGCACAAGAACGAACCCGUCGACUUAUCGAUCUGUUCGUCGUCUCAGUCCUGUUGGAUGCGGGCGCAGGAAACAAAUGGUCCUACAAGUCUAAAGAGUCCGGCAAGUUCUUCUCACGCAGUGAAGGCUUAGCAGUAGCUACUUUGGAAAUGUUCAAGAGUGGCCUGUUCAGCAGUGAUCCCACGGAACCGUGCCAGGUGGAUGGAGCUGGUCUGAAGAAGAUUACAGUGGAGGUGCUUGCUAAGGGAUUGCAGCACUCCGAGCAAAAUCCUCUGGCAGGGAUCGAAGGUCGCGCUGGAUUGUUGAUCCGACUUUCGGAAGCUUUGAACAACCAGGAUUUCUUUGGUGUCGACGCGCGACCUGGAAACUUGCUUGAUUACCUUCUGUCCCACCCAUCCACACUCGCCUCGUCUGUCCCAAUUGUCCCCAUCACUACCCUGUGGAGUGUACUUAUGGAUGGACUUACUCCGAUUUGGCCGCCAUCGAGAACGCAAAUUGACGGCUUGUCCAUUGGGGACGCAUGGCCCUGCUCUGACCUGCCCAGAUCACCUCCCGCGCAGCCCUGGGAGAACAUCGUCCCCUUCCACAAGUUGACUCAGUGGCUUUGCUACUCUAUCAUGGUCCCGAUGUCAAAAUUGAUGAAGAUUCACUUUGCGGGUAGCGAGCUGUUGACGGGUCUCCCUGAGUACCGCAACGGAGGUCUCCUGAUUGACAUGGGACUGUUGAGUCUAAAAGAGAAAGAUCUGGAGCGCGGGAUUACCGCAUACAAAGAGAAUGCGCAAAUCAAGGGACAGCCAAAUGUCGAGGUUGUUCCGCUAUUUUCGGCGGAUGACGACGUGGUUGUGGAGUGGCGGGCUGUCACCGUUGGCUUUCUGGACGAGUUGCUGUCGGAAGUGAACGGUCAGCUGGGACUGGUAGGGGAAGACCAGUUGACACUAGCACAGAUGCUGGAAGCAGGCUCAUGGAAGGGUGGUCGCGAAAUCGCCGAAGUGUCUAGGCCCAAUACUAAGGAGCCUCCCAUCAUGAUACGCUCGGACGGCACUGUUUUCUAAUGAUCGCAUACCUCGUUGAUAUUUUGGAUACCUGACUCCGCCAGUUUGCGUUUCCUCACUAACCGGCUGGUGGAUGUGCUUAUGACUUUUUGAUGACCGGAUAUUCCUUCGCCUUCUACAUGUUUUUUGCUCCUGUCUCUAUGAACUUCAUUCGGGUUGAUCCUGGACUGUGACACCUUGGAUAUUAUACCUAAUUGGCUUCUGCUGCACAUUUGUCUCCAUGGUGGGGCG